GGCCUGCACUGCGUUGCCGGUGUCAUCAUGGAGGUGAAGGCUUGCAGCUUGAGACUUGCAAAGUGGGCCUAUCUGCUUUGUGAAUUAUCUUGAAAUGUGGACAGCAUCGUGCAUGCGUGAUUGUUUGUGGAUUGCGCGACGGGGGGCGCAAGGAGGCCAGGGGUCGCAGUGCGCGCAGCAUCGGGUCAGGCAUGGUGUUUCGUGCGGUUCGAUAUCCUGAUCCCCGGUUCCCAGAAUCAGAGCAUACUCUUAUUUGGAGCGUAGAGAUGGGCAACCAAAGGCCCGUUAAGAAGAAGGGCCCCAAAAAUGCGGGCGUUGGCGUUGAUUUUAAGCGUGUCAAGCACAAAGUCGGCAAGAAGCUUCCCAAAGCCAGGAAUGAGACUAACACUGACUUUACGAGCAAGAGCAUUAACCUGCCGAGCCAGGCCGUUAAGGAGGAUCGCAGCGGCGUCGCCGUCAACUAUCAAAACCUGACCCUCAAGGAGCUGCUGAACCAGACUUCGCACCACAAUGACAAGUCUAGGAAGCAUUCACUUGUCGGGCUGGCGGACCUCUUCGGGCGGCACCCUGAGCACGUCCGGCUCCACGCAGCCCAGGUCCUGGCCACGCUGGCUGAGCGUAUCGUGGACGGAGACCCCGGCGUGCGGUCCGAACUGCGCCGGCUGCUGAACGAGGCAGUCCUGCCGGUGCUGGGGGCGGAUACGCUGCGGCCCUUCAUGCCCAUGUUCAUGGCGCACGUGUGCGGCGCCAUGACGCACCUCAGCCUGGACGUGCGGCAGGACGCGCUGCUGUUCCUGGACAUACUGAUGGACCACGUGCCCCGCCUGGUGGUGGACGGCUACCUGGCGCCCUGCCUGGCGCACUUCUGCGACCUCUUCUCAGCCUCCCACCGCAGCCGCAGCAUCCGCGCGCAGUCGCUGGCGGCGCUCACUAAGCUGCUCACCUCGCUGUCCAGCUUCCUGCGCCGCGCCUUCCCUGGUGGCGGCGCCGGCGAGGACGGCGCAGACGCGGCCGGCGCCGGCCCGGGCCCCAGCAGCGCGCGCCAGGCGGCGCUGCAGGCGGCGGCCGCGGCUGCAGGGCCCCUGGGCGCAGACCGCACCCGCUGGCCGGCACGCUCGGGUGCGGAGCUCAUGGCGGGCCUGGAGGGAAUGUUCAGGGCGGCGGCCGCCGCCACACGUGCGGGCCGCGGCAAGAAGGGCUCCAAGCUGGGCGCCACGGACGGCGUGGACAAGAACCGCGGCAAGAAGGGCCGCGGCAGCGUCAGCACCAGUGAGGCUUUCAUGAGCACUGCUGACGCGGCGGCGGCCACCAACGCGGGCAAGAGCAUUGCAGCGGCGGCUGCCGCCCUGGCGGCGGUGGCCGCGCCGUCUUCGGCUGCUGCGGCGGCGGGCAUGGACCUGGCGGCGCCGUCGGGCGCGGCGGCGGCGGCGGGGGGCGUGCUGGGUGCGGGCACGACCAUGGCGGCGGCGCUGGUGGCGGCGUCGGACGCGCGCGCCUCGGCGCUGCGGCUGGUGUCGCUGCUUAUGGACUGCUGGCUGGAGUGCACGCCCGGCCAGCUGGCCACGGCGCCGGAGGCGGAGCAGGCGGCGGCGGUGCUCAUGGUGUUGAGCGCCACCAACACGCUCAUGGACAAGCUGCUGCUGCCGCCAGCCGCCGCCAGCGGCGGCUCGGCGGAGGCGCAGCUGCGGCUGCAGCUGCUGCAGCACCUGCAUGACCUGGUUGCGAAGCGCGUGACCGGCUGCUUCCCGACCACGUCGCCGCCCGUGAAGCCGGCGGCGAUGGUGGCGGACACGCUGGUCCGCAUCAACCUGCAGACCGCGGAGCUGCUCUGUCGCUUCCUGCCGCUGCUGGCGCACCAGCCGCCGCAGCAGCAACACGGCGCGGACGCGAUGGCCAGCGGGCCGCUGCAGUGGGUGCCGUCGCUGGUGGGGUUCUACGUGAGCGUGCUGGAGGACGGCGUGCUGCUGCCGGCGACGGCUGGCACGCUGUCAGAGGCGCCGGCGGCGGCUACGGCAGGGCUGAGCGGCGGCGCGAGCGAGGCUGUGCUGGCGUCGGUGGCGGCGGCGGUGCAGAACCUGGACGCGGCGUCAGCACAGCGGCUGAUGGGUGCGGUGGCGAGCUUUGCAUCGCGGCAGACGGCGCGCUCGACAGCACGUGUGGCGAGCACCCGCAUGCAGCAUGGGCUGCUCAGAGCGGCGCUGGCGGGCCGGCUGUACCUGGAGGACGGCGUGGUGGCGGGCUGGCUGGCGCCGCUGCCCAAGCUGCUGUGGGAGGUGGGCGGUAACGCUCCGGACGCCUCGACCGCGGCGCUUCAGCUGAUCAUGGAUGCUGCGCGCUUCGCAGCGCCUGGCUCCUCCAUCGCCCAGUACCUGGCGUCCACGCUGCAGCCGCAGCUGGCCCCGCUGUUUGCGGCGCAGCUGCCGCCCAAGGCCGCCAAGGCCGCGAUCGCCAAGCACAAGGCGGCGGCGGGAGCCGCGGCAGGGCCCGCGGCCGCCGUGGCGGCGGGCGGGGCGCUGGCAGAGGAGCAGGUGAUGGUGCUGCUGCCUGGGGUGGUGGGCAAGCUGCCAGACCACGUGGCGUGCCAGGCAGUGAACCUGCUGUACCACACAGGUGCCCUGGGUGCGCCGCUACUGAAGCCGCUGGCCGCGGUGCUGUCCUGCGCCGCGCUGCCGCGCGGCCUGGCGCUGCGGCUGCUGGACGUGGUCCUGUCCCGGCUGCGUGACGCGCCCGACCCCGCUCUGGCUGCCAGCUGGCUGCUGUCGCUGCUGUUCGGGCCGCAGCACGGUCUGGCGGUGCUGACGCCGGACGGCGCUGACCUCACAGCCGACUGGGCGCGGCAGCGCGCGACGCUGGACGCGGCGGUGAUGGGCAUGGGACGGCUGGGCGGCGCGGGCCCGCUGCUGCAGUUGCUGCUGCCGCAGGUGGCGGCGCUGCCGCUGGAGGAGCUGGGCGGGCUGGGCGCGCCAGCGGCUCGGGUGCAGCGCUACAGCCUCGUGUCGCUGGCAGGGGCGGCUGUAGCAGACGCGGCGGGCGCGGGGUCCGCGGGCGCGGCGGCGCUGCCCAAGCAGCUGGCGGCGCGGCUGCCGGCGGUGGCGGCGCUGUGUGGGCUGGAGCUGGCGGCGCAGGCGUCGGCGGAGGUGGGCGAGGAGGGCGCGCUGUCAGGGGUGUUUGGCGGUGGGGCCGCAACUGGCAGCAACGCCGUCGCGGCCGCGGCGGCUGUGGCGGCCUGCGGUCCGGUGCUGCAGCUGCUGCAGGAGCAGCCUGGCAUGGCGUUGCCGCUGCUGCAGAAGCUAUCGGAGGUGGUUGAGGGCGGCGUACAGGCCGCGGGCAAGGUGGGCGCGGAGACGGGCGCGGGUGCGGCGGUGGGCAGGCUGCAGCUACACCUGGUGGCGCUGGCGGCGCUGCGCCUGGCGCAGGCGUCUGUGAAGCUGCAGCCUGUGCGCACGACGUAUGUUGCGGCCAAGGCGGCAGCACAGAGGGAGGCGCUCGUGGCGGCAGUGGCCCAGCUGACCAGCGCGGUCAAGUCAUUACCGGCGUCGGGAGCCGCCAGCGAGCGUGCGGCGGCGUGCGUGAUUGAGAGCCAGCGGCUGUCGCAGACCAUGGCGGACCUGUACGCUUCGUCAUAAGGAUUUCGUGAUACGUAGGCAACGGCGCUGCUGCGCUGGGCUUCCGGGGUCUUGCGCGAGCCUGUAACUGAGAGGUGGAUGAUAUUGCAUGUGCGCGAACCCCGACAAUGAAGUCCUGACUUAAAGGAGGGACUAAGGCAGUACAGCUUGCUGGCUGCCGGACAUAGUGCAGAGCGCUGUACGGGGCGGUCCGGUGUUUGGGCUGGUAAGCAAGGUGUGCUCAUCUGAGGCCCUAGUGCCGGCAUGGGACAGCUUUGGCAACGGGCGAUUACACACAGACACGGAUUGCCAAAAUAGUGUAAAAGCA